GGGAGCAUCCUUUUUACUUUAGAAGGGACUGUCGAAGCCCACAGAGGUUGAGACGCCUGCUCAGCACCGGCAGUAGGGCCGGACCCACGACCCCGCCUCCAGCCCCGGUCUUUGCUUGUCUCGCUUUUGCUCCAGUGUCUCCCCAGGCAGCACGGCGGACCCUCAGGGGCUUCAUCCUCUCUCCCCUCCAGGCCUUUUAAACCUGGAGAGGCUGCUGCGGCAAUUUCUUAUCUCCAAGGACACACUCUCCGUCCGGAUGCUGGAUGACACCCGGGACCCCACCCCGCUCCUCAAGGAGAUCCGGGACGACAAGACAGCCACCAUCAUCAUCCAUGCCAACGCCUCCAUGUCCCACACCAUCCUCCUGAAGGCAGCUGAACUCGGGAUGGUGUCGGCCUAUUACACAUACAUCUUCACUAAUCUGGUAAGACAUUUUCACAGCUCACCUCCUUGGCACAGAGUAUCAAUAAUUAGAGUCAGCGGGGUGUGAUGGAAUGAAGCCCAGGAGAUGGGGAAUGGGGGAAAUUAAAGCAGAGGAACAGAAGCCAACCAGAGAGGCAGGGCAUUCUAGAAACAUGGAAGU